CAUCACAUCGCCCGAACUCGACGAGAAUCAUGCAGUGCCGUGAUGAGAUGCAGAGGCAUUAUAAUUGAUAAAUCUGUUUGAAAAUUUUGCAAUGACGCCAAUUAUAUUGCUGGAUCGGUUGCGUUCUUAGAGGAUCGACCAUUUCGUUGGAGAGGAUGGGUCAGCAUCAGAUCCAGUAUUCCGAGAAGUACUGCGACGACGCGUACGAGUACAGGCAUGUGGUUCUUCCGCCUGAGGUCGCGAAACUUCUGCCCAAGAAUAGACUCCUCUCCGAAAAUGAGUGGCGUGCGAUUGGAGUUCAGCAGAGCCGUGGUUGGGUCCAUUACGCCAUCCAUCGCCCUGAGCCUCACAUCAUGCUCUUCCGGAGGCCUCUGAACUAUCAACAGCAGCAAGAGCACCCAGCCCAGCACAAUGUGCUUGCCGAGUGACGUGUUGCUGAGUCGAUUUCUUUGUAGGAUCACAACUUAUCUUGUCUACGAUGAGUGUGUAUUUUAAAGUUGUAUAGUUAUAGCAGAACGAAGUCAGUCCUCUGCUGCGAUUCCCCUUUUAGGAGGGUUUGUUCAGGUUUCGCUAUGUGAUCAGCGCGAUGAUCAUCUAGCACUGUGUGUGCAGUAGUGAUUGCUUGAAAGGAUUCGUAAGUUCACCUGUGGGAUUGCCUACUGGUUUAUCAUCUGUAUAUAAUGUUUUGCCCAAGAGGGCAUUGUUUGCCAAUGAUUUAUUGCGGGUAUGGCCUUGAGAGCUAA